AUGCCACCAAAGAAAAAAAACAAGGGGUCAAAACUGGCAAAAAUGAGCGAAGAGGAACGACUCCGAUACCUGCAGCAUCGCGCGGAAAUUGAAUUGGAAGCCAAGCGACGUAAGCAGCAACUUAUCGCGGGUUUUACGAAGAACAAAUUGAAGCGUGAAGAAGCAUUCUCUCGUUUGAACACUGCAAAGAUAAACGAGCAAUGGAGAUUCAAGUUACGGCAGUUCAAAUGCCGUGAGUUGUACGACGAAGUCGAGUAUCUGUGGAAGAAUUUUGAUGAAACGCUGCGUAGCAAGAACGCGAUUAUCAAUAGACUCUACGAAGAGUUAGAAAACGCUGAUGUUUAUCACCGCAGACUGCAAGAAGUACAUAUGCAAAUGAUUGAUAAAUUGAUUAAUAGUAAUAGGAAGAGACUCGAGGGCUUACAUGCAAAUUAUAUUAAAUCUGUAAUGCUGAUUAAGGUCGGGGAGCUUAACGAAAUGGCUGAUGCCAAAGGGGAGUUGAUUGAUAGCUGCAAACAUCUUGAGACUAUUAUUUACGCUGAAAAUUGUUUUAUCAACGAGAGAUUGAUGGAAACUAAAACCAGAAAUGCUGUCAAUACUUACAAUGUUGAAUUUACUAAAACUGAAGCUAUCGGAGAAAUAAAACGUACGACCGGCAGCAAAAUAAUCGAGCUCUGGUCAAAAUUCAAAAAAGUAAUUACCAGUUAUCAAAACGCGACUGAAGAUCGUAGGAAGCAGUACGAAAAUUUGAAAAAAUUUGAUGAAAAUCACAAGAAUAAAGCCGCCAGUUUUCCGCAGCUUCAAAAUUUUCUGACUUCGACAAUCGAUAAUUUAAAAUACCAAGAGAAUUCAUUGACCGAAACCAGGAACAAGAGUAUAAAAGAUCUGGAGGCUAAGAUGGAGACGCUGAAUGCUCGUGUCUGGAAGCUCAGAGAAAAGAUCGGAGUCCAUCAGACCGUGGACAAGAUCCAGUUGAAGCGACUGAGUCUCGUCAGUGGUAAAGUGAUCGAGGAAUUAAAGACCCUGGAGGAGAAAAGCAGCGCCGUGGCGACGCUGGUAAACAUGUGCUUCAGCUUGGAGCCUCUUGCCAGCAAGUACGGGCCGUUGAGUGACGAACCCGACGACGUCUCCGAAGACUCUGGCAUCAUUACCGAUUCGAUGAUCAGCCCCUACCAGCUUCUGGAAAACUUUUGGCGAGCUUUCAAUACCAUAAAAGCCGAAAACUUUAUUCGCAAGAAGCAGUACAGCCAAGCGGUAGCGGAAAACAAUAAACUGAAACGUUACUUACGGUCGUACUUUGGUGCUGUCACACGAGGAACUGCUAAAUUGCUUGAUUGA